GAUAUAAAAAAAUAUCUCCUGAACACACAGGCUGCAUUGCCAUACUCAAGGCGGGGGAAAGACUCGCUUUCCUCUAUCGCUCGGCGGGGAAGGAGGUUCGAGCGUGUAUUGACAGACAGAUUGUUUCUGAGUGAAUCCCGAUUCAAACCAGCUGACCGUUCCUACGAUGAAUGUUUGCAACACUCUUGGGCAGCGCAACGCUUGCACUUCCUCCAUCCGGAACAGUUUAUUGCAAUGCGUCUCACAGCAGAAAAGCGGGCUCCAUUAAAUCUCGUACAUGUGUUUUUAGGGCGAGUGGGGCGUAGUCGGAUGAGUGGGGUAUGGGGGGAUAAAGGUUCGGGUCGUUGUACGUAA